AUCCCCUGAACUCGAACUGUUCUAAAUAGAAGGCGGAAGAAAGGAGGGCGGCGGCGGAGAGUGGAAGAAGGCCAAGGAGAUGGCAGAGCAGCAGCUUAGCAUGGGCAUUCUCAUCGACAUUGUGGACGAGGAGUGGAUGCGUGACACUCUCCCCGACGAUGAUAUCCCGCUGCCGCCUGUAAUGGUCGCCAAGACCGACGACGCUGAAGAAGCGCAUCAGGAAAGUCAACCAGUUGAAAGAGAUGUUUGGCGCGACCUUGCCCUGGAAAAUGUGUAAGCACUUCAUGUGGGACAAGGUAUGGCCAGUCACCAAGCUUGGUGCCUUGAAGCUGCUCGAUGAUAGUUGACCUGUUUAAAAUUUCAAGUUUCUAUGUCUGUGUUGUAUUUGUGGAAACAGUUGAUGCUAGCUGGAUCAUGUUCCAUGUUAUCUCUAGAUUUGUACGAUUUUCUUUGCAUGUACUUGAUAUAUAGAAAUCUGGUAUUGGACUUUGUAUAAUGUUCAAUGGCAUAACAAUUAUCUGUUCUUGUUAAUUAUUUUAUUAAAUACUUCUACGUUAGCAAUAUGAAUGACUCAGCAACAUAUAGUCAUCAAUAACAUAAUAUGUUAUAGGUAAGAACCAUAAUGGAGUAGCAGACUCGAUGCUCGGAGGCCUGACAUGAGCAAUAGGUUUAAAUGAAUUCAAGACGAAAGAUAGCUUUUUCUAGGUUCUUCUAAAGUUGAAAGAGCACGUAUGAACAGAUGAAAAAGGCACAUCAUUGUUCAUUGUUAUAUUCCUUCCGGUGCCAGAACAUAAUUGCAAUAAGCUUAGAUCAUUGUUUUAGGAAUCUACUUAAUAGAAUAUGUUAUGAUGCAUCGUGCCAUCACCUAUCCACAAUUUUGUUUCUAUUCUUGUUAAGUGAGAGUUUCUGUUUCCUUUUUGAGAAUAUUUAUUUGCUUAUGAUGCAUGCUCUCCUGAUUCUUUGCUUGCAUCGACCGGGCAACAUGUAUGUUCUAAGAAUUCUGCCAGUAAGAGUGACGAUCUGUUAGACCUCCAGAAAUGUUGGUUCUUUCUUCGGCAUCCAUUAAGAAAAGAAGAAACCGUAGCUAUUGACCAUAGAGUUAGAUUAUUGCCUCCAGGUUUGUUUCUUCAAUAGUAAAAUUGGAUGUGUUCUUUGUCAUUACUCUGAUAUUUCCUGUCUUGGUUAAUCAGUUCAUGGAAGUUCUUCGUUUAUUGUAGGCAAUAUCAGAGCUGCUACAUGAUAUGAUAACAUAAUGCAACUUCUUGAGCAUGUGAUUUUUCGGGCAUUUAGAUUUUUUUUCUUUUACGGUUUAAUGUUAUCUACUAUUGUGUACAUUGGAUUGGGACCAUUUCAUCUGUCAUUGAUUAAUGCUCUGCUGUUUUCUAUGAAUCACCCUGACAGGAUGUCUCUUGAUGAUUUCAGUAAUUCAUCUGAAACAAUUAAGACUAUUUGCUACUCAUCUGUGUAGAAAAGCUUAGUAGGUUGCAUCUCCCAACUCAAUUUCUUGUUGCUAUUGCAUAUAGAAAAGCAUCGAGUGAUGAAACCUUUAUAUGAUGAUGUUCUUCUCUUUUUCUUUAAGUUUAUGGUGUAUAUGUUGUUCCAUCUAAAGUAGAUCAACCCACGGUUAGAUAAUUUUGAAGAUCCACUAAGGAUUGCUUUAGUGAAGAAUUAUAUCAUAAGGUGCUCGAAUCCAUUUACCUUUUGUAAAAAAUAAAUAAAUUUUUUAUGAUUAAUGUACAUUUACAACUUGAUUAAUUGUUUCACUUGUGUGUCCCUUGAAUCAUGCAUUAAUCUUCUAUCAUAACAAUAUUAGCCAAUUAGGCCUUAAUAUUUUUUGACCAUCCGAGUCUCAUAGGCAUCAAUGCAAGUUAAUGAAGAGACUUGCAGGUAGGGCAAUGUGAUUGGUUGCUAUCAUUUUGGUUGAUUAAUUGUUUUGGUUUUUGCAAGCAUUACUACAUGAACUGCAUGGAGAACAUGUAAGAAACCUGUUUGAGAAUCCAAAUCCAAAUUCGAUUAUGUAUUCGGAUAUCUAUGAAGCAAUUAUGGUAUAAAUGCAUGCAUUAUGAUUAUAAUUUUUUUCUAAAAGAAUAUUAUUAUCUAUAAUUUACUAAUGUAAGAGCCUAUCCUUACCUAACAAUUUAAAUUUUUAUAACAUGUAAUAUUUACAACAUCCAAUUAAGAUGCCCAUCAUAAUAAUACUAAGUAGUUUUUGAGUUUAAAUCUUGUUUUUGCCUUUUUCUAUUCAUUAGAGUAGUUUGUGAGUUUGUAUUUACCUCUCUCUCUCUUCAUUAGGUUUUUAAUUAAUAUUUAAGUAAGAUCUUCCUAGCAUUAAAUUUUAUAUAUCAAGCUGAGUCCAACUUGUAUGGGAGAGGAGAGAUUAGAACUUAAUAUACAUUGUGCUUGCCAAACAUUUUAAUUUUUAAUAUCAUUGGUCGUCCAAUCAAAAUCUUUAUUUGUUGUACAACAUGGAUGGUUUCUGAAGAAUCAUCUAAAAUUAGUUAUCAAUAAUCUUAAUCAGUAGUGAGGGUGGGUUUUGACACCAGGAUAAGAUUGUUCAUGAGAGCCUUAAGAAAAGUAAGAGAAGUUUACACUCUGGUCUCCCAAAAUGGACCAAGAGCAUAUAAAGCAACCACAAUGCUUAUAACCCAAGUACAAUGUUAUAUAUCCAUACUUGUCAUAUAUGUUGAAUGGCUGUCCGUUGAUUCCUCCAAUGAUGAUGCUCAUGCAAGGACUGUGGUUUCUUCCACUGCGGUGGCCGCAAUAACUGGUUUCGUCUGCUUUCCAUCCUGCCAUAUCUCAGGCAAUGCUUCUUUUAUGUUGUAAAUGCUCUCCAGUGCAAGAUCAGCCCCUGGUACCGGCACUGACCUCCCAACCUGAACAAUCGCCCAACAGUGACAUGAUUCUUGUGAAUCCUGUGGAUCUUUAGAUAUAUGCUUGCUUUGUUUGCUUUAGGAGAAGAAGCUGCAUGAUCCUUAAAAACUCUGGAGAAAGAGGGGGGGGUAUUGACUUACAAGGACAGUAUGAAGACCUGCUGCCUUUCCUGCUGCAAUGUUUUUUGCGCUGUCGUCAAAGAAUAUCUGCAUGCCGGAGACUAUCAAUCAGUUCAUGUCCGAUUGUGAAUGGAUAUCGGAAGUGAUCUGUAAAUUGUGGCCUACUGUUUUCUUGGGAUCGAUGUUUGCGAUCCUCAUGGCGGUUUCGAUGGCUUCCAAAGAUGGCUUGCAGAGUAUUCUUCCCUCGCAAUUGGCCCUAUCAGUGUUUGAUACAUUGUCUCUGAGAGUAGUAGUGACCUUUUCAGUUGGAUUCAGUGUCUCGAAGCAUAUGAUUCCUUCAAAGCAGUUUUCCAGGCCCAGCCUGCUUAGAACUCUUGCAGCAUGAGCUUUGUCUGCAUUUGUGAAGAUCUGAGAAAAAGAUGGCAGUUAAUCACAUCAAAGAGGAGUAAAUUACCAGAAUUCUUGUUCGAGUUCGCAGUUCUCGCUUACCAUCUUUCUCUGUGGCAUUGAAAGAAGCAGAUUCCUCAACAAAGGAUCAGGUUUCAGUGUAUGGUAUGGCAAUUUUCCAUGAACAUAUGCAUGGAACUCAUCGUUGUCGAAUUUGUAACCCAGUGCCUGUCAACAAAAAGAGGAACAAAGAAGUUUCAGUGGAUCACGGCUAAUUUGACAUGCUUCUUGAUCAAGUAGAAGUUCACACCUUAAGACCAGCUAUUGUUGUCCCAUACUCUUUGUACAAUUCCAGGGACAUUUCUGGGAUUUGGCUUUCUUCUAUUUGGAGAUGGUGCAGCAUGUAAUCUGUGGUUCAACACAAUUCAACCCUGAGAUCAGUGUGAUAACUCAUUGCCUGGCUAUAUAUUUAUCUCGAAAGACCAGGAUAAUUCAUUUCAGAUAAAUGGAAGUAAUCAGAAGAGACUGGAUUUAUGGAAUCAGAUGUAAUGCUGCUACAGCUAAAUUUUACCUUCAAUGUUCUUGCCACAAGCGACACAGAUGCCUGAACUAAAAGGAUAUAAGGUAUCAUCCAAAUCUGAAAAUUAGUGAAUAGGUAUGUAAGGAUUCAUUAAAGAUCAGAUCAAAUAUAACUGUCUGAAGUCUGAACUCACCAAAGAGCAGACACUCGUACUUGGAUUCACUUACAGCAGCUUCCAUUCUCAAAUUUUGUUCCCUCAAAGACUGAAACAUAAGCACAAUAAUCAUUAGAGAGCCCCUGAAGAAUCAGAAAGACCAUCAUGCUUCACUCAAGAUAGGGGAAUGAGAUCAACAGAUCAAAUGCAACAUGAAAAGCUGAAACAAAAAUGAGAGAAGAAAAAGAGAGAAGUUAGAGAGAAGCAUCAACAAUACCACCUUCACAGGAAGACCCUAAUUGAAGAAACAAAGAGUACGCCAGUAUGGAUGAUUAGAGUGAUUUCUCAUGAGGAUCGAUUUAUACUAAUUAAGGAAUCAAGAUUGUUGGGUAUGGGGGAUGACACUUGCAAUUAUUCCAGUGGGAUAUGGUAAGAAAGCGUAUAUUACUUUUAUACAUUGAAUAAAGCAGUGAAUCUACUUUUGUGCUUUCCUAAACAGAUCCAAGCGUUUACUCAUACAGACUGAAGCCAAGUGUGGGAAAGAAUACCCUCAAGGAAUUCACUGCUACAGAGUCGAUUUGUCCAUACGAUUUGAAUAAAAAUAAAUAUAGAAAGUUGACUUGACUUGAACGGUCAUGGAGGAACCUUUAUAUAUGUUCAAUGCAAGCCUUCCAUUUACUUGGCAUAUCCAGGUUCUACCUCUCUUCUCUGUUCUUUGCUAUAUGGCCACUGACUGCUAAAUUCCAACUUGUAUCUAGCAUCAACUUCUGGAAUCGGGGAGGAGCAGUUUGCUAGGAUUCUAUAGAAUUUAGUGAAGGAUGAGAGGUUUAUUCUACUUGUGCCUUCUUCUUCUUCUUCUUUCAGUGGCAUGCUCUGAUAGGACACAUGCAGUGUGGACAACUAGAUAUUGUGGAACGAAUUGGAGAAAAGGCAGAAAAGAAGGUUGGUCUGAGUUAGAUAAGCAUGGAAAGGAGGAUGAUCUAAUACAACGCAACCAGCCUUUAAUUAGCGGAUCAUGAGGUUGAAGAUCCUAAUAGACUGUCUGAGCAAUUGGAGGAGCUCAGUCAGAAGACGAGGGGAUGUAAGCUGAACAACCAAAUUCAGGAGAUGUCGAAUCCUACAAAACUACGUCGGGGGUGUAUUAGGUAAAAUUUCUUUGAUGCUUGAGUUAGUUUGGGAGUUAGGUGUCGAUGAGGAGCCGAGAAUGGUAAAGCCGAAGGCACUAAUUGAAUGAGACAAUCUCGCACUUGAGAAACCUUUUGUAGUGUGACUUAGGAUCAUUAUACUGAUAGACGUGUAUUGAUGUCGGGGAUUGUUUCAUGUAUUCCCCAACCCAAGUGAAAUUGUGUUAAAUCGAAUCUAGAGAAUAUGUAACGGGUCAGUAACAUUUGGAGAGUGUCAUCAUGUCAGCCACACAUGAUGGAAGUGAACAUAACAUUGAGAUAUUAGUUAUUUGAUACUAAGAUGUCGGCCAUAUAAUACUGAAGUAUUGGUCACAUUAUUAUUUUUC